UUCCAGGAGACGAAUAGAACGAUGCACAUUUUGGUGAAAUAUUACCUCGAAAAAUAUCAUUGUGUGUCCAUUUAAUAAACUCAAUUUAUUAAACGUAUCCUUAUAAAUGCCAACAGGAUUAUUCAGAGGUGGAAGUUGAAGAGGGCUUGUGAUACAUGACAAUGUUUUCAAGUCAAAUGUCUUCCACUCCUUUUUCUGUUAGAGACAUUUUGAACCUGGAACAAAACCACGAAGACAUGGUCUCGUUAGAAAUGUCACAGCGACUGGACACCGCACUUCCGACUUCAUCUUGUAUGAUGGCCACAUUCAAACAAGAGCCGUUCAUGGAUGUGCCGUCUGGAGCAGCUCUCUUCGGCGACGAUGACCCACACAAAGGCAGCAAAAACGCGUCCCUGAACUUCGCGUCUGCCUUUUAUGGGAAAAGUUUCUUAGAAAUGGAUCUGGCCAAAGACGCAAAGACGGAUGACACGUUUGACGACAAAGAGCGAAAAGACAUUAGCUGUUCACACGAGCCCGCAGAGCAGAUGAAGCUGGAUGAAGCGGAACGGCCCAAACAGCGGAAAAGGAGGAAGCCGCGCGUGCUGUUCUCUCAGGCGCAGGUGUACGAGCUCGAGCGCCGCUUCAAACAACAGAAGUACCUGUCGGCACCCGAAAGAGACCACUUGGCUAACGUACUUAAACUCACGUCCACUCAGGUUAAAAUCUGGUUUCAGAACAGGCGCUACAAAUGUAAAAGGCAGCGGCAGGAUCAGACGCUGGAGAUGGUUGGCAUCGCCCCACCCAGACGUAUCUCGGUGCCCGUGUUGGUUCGAGACGGAAAGCCAUGCCUGGGGGACACGUCGACGUACAACGCUUCAUACAACGUGGGAAUCAACCAUUUCGCUUAUAACACCUACCCUGCGUUCAGUAACUUCCCGAGCCCAGGAAACACAAACUACACUUGCAACUACUCCGCCACCGCGAGUAUGCCCUCCAUCCAGUCUUCACCAUCAAACAGUAAUUAUAUGAAUUUUGGAGUCGGGGAUCUAAAUAACGUGCAACCGUCUUUUCCGUCCAGCAGUGGCGUAUCCUCGUUACACGGCAUUCGUGCCUGGUGAAGGGGACACCGAGUUGUAGUAUAACAGCGCGAAGAUUGCAGACUGCACGAAUGCUUUCCAUAGUAGUUCAUUAAUCAUGGAUAUUUGUAAUUUGCUGUGAAUUAAGCUUUGGAUCAAAUUUGGUUAGCUAUUUUGUAGGUAUGCCUCCUUUAAAAUGUGAUUAAUAUAACUUAAUUUUGCGCGUGGCUUGGUAUAUUUGUAAAUGCAUCGAAUUUAUCCUCUGAACAAAUUUGUUUACUGUUAUUAGUUUAAAUGAAGGGGGACGAAUGAUGUUGUACAACGUUAUGUCCAGUAGGUAUGUCCUAGGUGCUGAAAACACAUGCUCAUGUGUUUCGCUUUUUUAAAACCAUUGCAGGCCUAUGUUCUGUAUUUAACCUGGGUGACCACUCAAAGCGGACCCACACUUCAAAAGUGUCAAAAACACUUUACCAACCAAAACCUCGUGGGAAAUGACACAGGUUUUGUAGGCUAUAGACGAAAAUCAGAGGAUAUGCAGAAUGCAUUUAGAAACAGGAAUGCAAUGUAAUUUAAAUACAGUACGUUUAUAUAUACAUUAUCUGUAAUCUUGUGAACUGAAAAAUAAAAUCUUUGCAAAA